AUUAUGGUGUCAUUAUAUUAUGGUGUGAUUAUAAAUACUGUCAGAAAUUUUUUUUUGAAAGUUUUUUUUAAUUAAUAAUUGAUUCCAACUUACAUUUCAUUCAUCCAUUUCAACAAAAUAAAUAUAAGAAAUUAAUUAUAUUUAUCAAAUUUUUUUUUAAAAAAAUAAUAAUUCUUUUCCAAUUUUUCUUUAUUCAUUAAUAACAAGCCAAAAUGUACAGGGUUAGUGACCCAAAUCAAUAUUUGGUUAAAACUGGAGCAUUCGUUAGAGAUAUUUCAAUCUGUAAAAAAGGAUGGGUAUUCCCAUUCCAAAGAUCAACAUUCUUCGACAUAACUCCGGCAAAUUAUACUUUACAAUUACAAGCAAUGAGUGCCGAGAAAUUAGAAUUUAAUCUUCCAGCAGUUUUCACUAUUGGUCCAAAAGAUGAACCUAAGGCUUUAGAACGUUAUGCAAAACUUUUAGCUGCAAAUGAUAAGAAUAGUGAUCAUGUUAAAGAAUUAGUUCGAGGUAUUAUUGAAGGUGAAACUAGAGUUAUUGCUGCUGCAAUGACUAUGGAAGAAAUUUUUCAAGAAAGGAAAGGAUUUAAAGAUCAGGUCAUUAAAAAUGUUCAAGCUGAAUUGGAUCAAUUUGGUUUGUUCAUUUAUAAUGCUAAUGUUAAACAACUUCAAGAUACUCAAGGGUCUGAAUAUUUUGCAUAUAUGAGAAUGAAAACACAUGAAGGUGCCGUAAAUCAAGCAAAAGUAGAUGUGGCCGAAGCAAAAUAUCGUGGUGAUGUUGGUGCAAAAGAACGUGAAGGUUUAACACGUCGUGAAACGGCUAAAGUUGAAGCUGAAACAAUUUUAAUUGAAAAUGAACGUAAAGUGUCUAUAGCACAAGCUAAUAUGAAUUUGGCUACUAAAGAAUCAGAAUUUGACCGUGCUAAAAAAAUAGCCGCCAUUGAAGCUUCUCAAGCCGCAAAGAUGCGUGAAUCUGAACUUCAAAAACAAGUUGAAGAACGUAGAUUAUUAUCAGAAACGGAACGUCUUCGCGUACAAUAUGUAUCUAAAGCAACCGCUGAAUUUGAAGCCGCUAAAGCAAAUGCUAAUGCUCGUUUAUUUGAAAAACAAAAAGAAGCUGAAGCUGAACUCUUUAAAAAGCAAAAAGAGGCUGAAGGUCUUUUGGCUAUUUACAAUGCUCAAGCUCAAGGUAUUAAAAAUAUAAUGGAUUCUUUCGGAGGUGAUGGUUAUGCAGCACUUCAAUAUAUAAUGAUUGAUCGUGGUGUUUAUCAACAAUUGGCCAAAGAAAAUGCUAAUGCUAUUCAAGGUCUUAAUCCUAACAUUACUGUUUGGAAUACUGGAAAUGAAACAAAUGAAAAAGCAAAUCCUAUAGCAAAUAUCUUUCAAUCUUUACCUCCACUUUUGUCAACUAUUCAGCAACAAACUGGAAUUAGUCCUCCUAGCUGGUUAGCUCAAAUGCCGAAUAAAGAAAACUCUUCUUCUGGAAAGAGUUAAAGCAUUUUUUCAAAAACACACACACAUAUAUAGAAAUUUAUUGAUAGAAUUUUAAUUGAGCUUGUAAAUGUUUUUAUUCUUUCUUUAUUCAAAUUGUUAUUCCAUUUUUUUCUUAUCAUAUGAGACAUAUAUUAUGAAAAAGCAUCAAAACAUAAGCUUGAAAAAUAGCACAAUAUUCUUUAUUCCUGUAUGUACUAUACAUUGCUA